AUGGGGGGCUAUUUGAUGGACUUGGGGGGCUGGGAGAACUUCUGGGAGGAGGAGGAGAUGAGACUCGGGAAGGACUACUGGGCUGAGAGUGAGAUGGAGAAGACAUCUAUACUGACGUACACCAGGCUGUGUCCCAACUGCAAUGAGGAGUUCCUUUCCAUCGAGGCAGUUAUUCUGCAUCUCGAUUCUCAGUCUACCUGCUGGCCACAUGAAUCAUGCCCACAACAAUUCCCAAUUUCACCCGGAUUGCAAGGUUCUCGUUCAUCUGCAUCAUCCACUACUGGCUCUUAUCAUCCUCAAUCCGGGUUGCAAGAAGAUCAAUAUGAAUACCGGAGGAAAAUAAAUACCUAUUAUCCUUUCCACGAUGAGGGGGAGUGGGAAUUAGCAAGGUUUCUAGUUGAAAACCUGACUCAAACUCAGAUCGACAAGUUUUUGAAGCUGAAAUGGUUUCACACCCGCCCAAGACCAUCUUUCACCUCAAAAGAUCAACUUCGUGAUUGGAUUGAUGCGCUCCCCUCUUUUGUACCAUGGAAAGUCUCGACCAUGGAGUUCACAGGCUACAAGAUGACUUAUCCCUUGCAACUCAUCUGGCGUGAUGCUUUUGAAGUCGUCAAACAGCUCUUCAGUGAUCCUAUUUUUGCUAACCAUAUCACUUUUCAACCGCAUGUUGUUAAUACUGGGGGUCAGCAUGAAUAUGGGGAUUAUAUGAGCGCUGAUAUGGCAUGGAAAAUUCAAGUCAAUUCUAUCUUAGGUGCUACACAAGUACCAAUAAUCUUGGGAUCAGAUAAAACACCUGUGACGCGCACCACUGGAGGGCUUGAGAUGCACCCACUUUUCAUUACGAUUGGUAACCUCGAUUCGGAAGUUCGCUCCAAGGCUACACUACGAGCUUGGCACUGUAUUGCUUACAUGCCCAUCGCUAAUUUUUGUGUGCAUCCUGAUUAUCAGAGCAUUCUGCAGGCACGCCUGUGGCAUAGAUGUGUCGAUCUUGUCUGCGCCAACCUCAAGGUUGCAGCAAAGGAUGGUUGUUUUAUGCCUGAUCCUUCCCGAUACAUCUGUUAUGUCUUUACACCACUUGUCUCUCACGUAUGUGACCUUCCAGAGGCUACCAUGAUCGCUACAGUCAGUAAAAGUGCCUCUCUCAUAACUAUGGCAACACAAGCAAAUUUUGGAGAUGGAGUUCUCUACCCUCCUCACACUGGACAACACACACUGCAACUCAUCUAUGAGAUCUCCAAGGAGGUCGAUCCUUGGGAUCUUGAUAAAUUCCAGAAGGCAGCAAAAGCGGUGCAUCUGUCUGGAGUUCACAUGCCAUAUUGGCGUGAUUGGACAUUCGCAUACCCAUCUGUCUUUCUCACUGGUGAAGUUUUGCAAACCUGUAUCAAGUUUUUUGCGGACCAUCUGCUCAAUUGGAUCAAGGAGAUAGUAGGGAAACCUGAGCUCAACACUCACUUCAUGGUUCAGCAUAAGCGGGUGGGAACAUGUCACUUCGCCAAAGGUGUCACCCAUGUCAACCAAAUGACAGGGCGCAAGCACCGAGAUAUUCAAUGCACCAUUGUUGCUUCAAUUGCAGGCGCUGCUCCACCCAGGUUCAUUUGUUCCAUCUGUGCCCUCAUAGAGUUCAUCUACCUUUCUCAAAAUCUGGUUCAUUCUCCUGAUUCCCUGCAGUCGAUGGCACAAGCACUUUCGGAUUUCAACUCAUUCAAGGAUGCUAUUGUUGACACUGAGGCGAGGAGGGGAAAGAAAGGUGUUAGAGACAAUUUUUUUAUACUGAAACUCAAGCUAUUGCAAAGCUUCAGAGGCAUGUGCGUACGGAUCCUCAACCGCCAGGAGUCGAUGGAAUUAUUCAACCUGUAUGCGUUAUUCUAUUCUUGUGGCACGUCACUUGUCAAUGCCAUACACAUUGAAGAUGAAGAAGUGAUGACCAUUAAUACAGCACUUUCCUGGAUUUCUCGUGUACUCCCUGAUGAAACGCAUUCUGUCCAUGGACCUCGGCCAGUUUGGAAUCAUUUUCUUAAGGGCAUUCUUUCUGGAGACGCUCUCACUGCCUUCCAUCUGACCUCGACACUGGAUUUUAAUGCUCUGACACCCAUCACUAUUGAAGCCAAAUACUCACUUGUUGAUUUCAAUCAUGCACUCUCUCAGUUUAUCAAUCAAUUAUCCCUCUCCACUGGCGAGCAUACCCGCUGGGACCAUGGAUACGGACACUUUUGCACAUGGAAUCAAUUUCGACUACAGCUUCACUCUGCUUUCCAGCCACGAGUCAUUGUGCCAAGCAGAGUGAUACAAGCAUACCCACCGAGUGAUGCAUUCCCCCUCGGAAACUGCGAUACUGUCCUAAUCAAUGUCACAGGUGGUGAUGGCCAAAGCACCAGUCGUGUUGCACAAGUUCGACUCAUCUUUCAGCCAAAGAUUCCACAGGCUUCUGACUUGGUGUUACCAAUGUACCUUUCAAGUCCACUCCUCUACGUCCAAUUCUUCCACUUCAUCACUAAUCCCAAUGACCAUCCUGAACUUGCGAUGUGGACAGUGGAGCGCACAUACAUGAUAGACCAAUGUGGCAGACAUUAUGUAACACACACUGUCGAAUUGAUACCAGAAUAUGGUAACAAGGUAGACGAGAGGAUUUCUUCAGCCACUAGUUUGGAGAGCUAUGACCGGUUUUUUCUCAACAGUUUUGCAGAUAAGGAAAGUUAUCAUACAUUUUUAGCACAGAGUUCGCAUAGACCCAGUAUCAGUAGCUCAUACUACUACUAG